AUGUUUGACAGCAAUGAAACUAUUUGGGACGUCUUCUUCCACUGCUCCGUGGAGCUGGACUACAAGUCCAGGCACAUUGUCCUCUUCUUCGUCUACCUCAUCGCCUUCAUGGUGGGCCUGGCAGCCAACAGCGUGGUGGUGUGGGUCAACUGGCAGAGGCGGCACUCGCGCAGCACCGACGUCUUCUGCACGCUCAACAUCUGCAUCUCGCACCUGAUGGUGAUGACGGUCAUGCCCAUCUUCCUGCUGGAGGUCAUGAUGGAUUACGUGUGGAUGUGGGGCCAGUUCCUCUGCCGCUUCACCACCUUCAUCUAUGAGUUCAACUACUACAGCACCUCCUUCUUCCUGGCGUACAUGUCAGUGGAGCGCUACCUGGCGCUCACCCGAGCCAGCGUUGCCACAGCAACGCCUCCGAGACCCUGGGGCCCAGCGGAGAAGCGGCGUCGGGUGCUCAUCUGCGCCGGGUUCUGGACCUUCGCCUUGCUGCUGACGCCGCUGCUAGUGUCCAACGUCCAGCUGGUAGAGUACCACUCGCCCGGCUGCUACCUCGCGCCGGAGAAGGACUACGUCACCUGGGUGGUGGUCAUCACCAUGACCUCCAUGAUCUUCCAGUUUCUGAUCCCUGGGGCUAUCAUCAUCACCUGCAACUGGCUUACUGUGCAGGCCCUGAAGAAGUCGCCGGAGCUUCAGGCAUCCUACAACGUGGACACAAAGAUGUUUCACUUCUACUCAGCAGCAUUCGUUGUGUGCUGGCUACCAUAUCAUCUCGUCAAUCUUUUAAUAAUGGUGGACGACCUUAACCCACUUAUACUAAACUGUGACACCACAAACUUGGUAUACUUCUCCCUCAACGUGCUGUUUUCCUUCACCCACCUCCACUACAUCGCCAACCCGGUCCUCUACAACUUCCUGAGCCCCAGCUUCCGCAGAAGCCUCCUGAGAGCGGUGGCCCGCUACGUGAGAAAGGAGGCGAUGGCAAUCCCUGUGGAGGACGGUGUAGAGGCCGAAGGAAAAAACAAGCCCAAAAACACUAGCCUGAGAAAGAUGAGCAAUGCCAGCACCAGUCAGUCAGACAUAGACUCUUAAAGUUAUAACACAAAUCUAAUAGGAAGAAGGUGAAUAACCAAGGAGUUGAAAGAAAAUAAAAAUAGUCCUUGAACAAAAAGACAAGUAGGUCUACUAGUAAGAACAUGUAAUGUGGGACUGAGAUAAACUCAAUCUAUUCAGUCUUCAUUAUCCACCAAUUAAAGAUGUUAACAUGUUUCCACGGUUGAAUGCUAUUGUGAUAGCAAUCAGUGUGUCUUCUAUCUGUUACCUGACCUAUUUCAGUGUACUAUUUUGUUAUGGUUGUAAGAUGCUGCGAAAUCAAACAGAUAGGUAACACUACCUUCUGUUUGCUACUAGCUGAAUACACUAUCUUAAUGGUCGGUUAUAAUCUGACCUUUUAUCUGU